AUGUCGUCUUUGGAGAAGCGUGAGGCCGAGGGUCAUCCCUCUCGUGACUCAUUGACCCCAAGUGUAUUCGCACCCAGAAGAGGUACGCAUUUUCUGUACACGUUAGCUUUUGACCACCGGUAUAUGAAGGUCAAAUGUAUUAUGGUUUUGAUGCCUGGUAGUACAAUCAGCACCGGUGUGAAUGCUCUGGGUGUAUGGGCAUGGGCUCAGGCAUAUCCCACAGUCCGUCGACUGUACGAUUAUUUGCCUUCAAUCAGUGAAGAACGAGGAUCGUCAUCGUGCACUCAGGGCCUCGAUGAGGCACUCCUCUACAUGGCAAAUUUGUCACUCCACUCCGAAGUCGACGAUUUGCUGCAACCCGCUUCAGAAUUGAUGCGGAAUCCAACAAUCUGGUGGCCAAAUCUUGGAAAGGAUGACAAGGAGAGAACAAAAGCUUUCGACGUGCUUUCGCAAGCCAGAAUGGAUUGGGCGGUCUUCGCUCGCAUAGCCUUCGGAGAGCCUUCGGUUGACACCAUUCUUGGUGCUCUUGAUGAUCCAGACGCUUCAAAGCUUUUCUUCAUCGAUGGUCCCGGCGCUUCAGAUAAAACGUGGACCUAUACAUGCCUUUUUGAUAUCCUCAUCGGUCAAGGGCGCAAAGUCGCGGACAGCGUGGACAGGAAUCGCGGCCAGCCUGCUCUCAUCGGGUCGCACAACGGUGUCGUUGUUCAAGCUGAAUAUCUUGAACAUCUGCGAGACAUCAUUCCACAGAAAGCAGAUGAAGGACGCGAGACUGCUUGCUGA